AAAUCUGCCAUGGCACCUAAUGCCAGUAAGUAAUGCCAAUCUAACGAAAAUUAAAAAUGAACAACGUCAAAGUCAAGUCAAUGUCAUUAAAUUAACUCCCUGCCACUGUCAUUGUUAAAAUUGUUUUCUUUUUCGGCGAGCGGCGUUAGCUGAAGCUCGCCAUCAUGGUGAACAACCGUGUACCCUCGGUCUUCUCAAAGACCUAUGUCACCCCGCGUCGUCCCUUCGAGAAGGCGCGUCUUGACCAGGAGUUGAAGAUCAUUGGAGAGUAUGGGCUGAGGAACAAGCGAGAGGUGUGGAGAGUUAAGUACACACUCGCUAGGAUCCGUAAAGCUGCCCGAGAACUGCUUACUCUUGAAGAGAAGGACCCUAAGAGGUUGUUUGAAGGUAAUGCACUUCUGCGUCGUCUGGUGAGGAUUGGUGUCUUGGAUGAGAAGCAGAUGAAACUCGAUUAUGUCCUCGGUCUUAAGAUUGAAGAUUUCUUGGAGCGACGCCUGCAGACCCAAGUCUUCAAAGCUGGUCUCGCCAAGUCCAUCCAUCAUGCCCGUAUCUUGAUCAGGCAGAGGCAUAUUCGUGUCCGCAAGCAAGUUGUGAACAUCCCAUCGUUCAUCGUGCGCCUGGACUCUGGCAAACACAUUGACUUCUCGCUCAAGUCGCCCUUCGGCGGCGGCCGGCCGGGCCGCGUCAAGAGGAAGAACCUCCGCAAGGGACAGGGCUCCGGAGCCGCCAACGAUGAAGAGGAAGAUUAGACUAUAAAUAAACAUCUUGUUCUGUA